CUGAUCUGCACUCAAACACUCUUUGUUUAACUCUGCUGCAGCUUCAGUUCCACCAGUCAGACGUCAAUAGUCAGCGAUGGAAAGAACGGCCACACUGGUUUGCUGUUUGCUGCUGGUUGUUGGAGGGGUGACGGCCCAGACAGGUUCUCCUGCGAGGCUGCUGCCUCAGUGGGGGGUUGGCCUCCUCGCUGUCGCUGGCUUCCUCUUCCUCAGCUUCGUCGUGCUGCUGGUGAAAAAGGCCUGGUUUGAGAACCCCAACAGGAGGAGGAGGAACAGUGUAGACUCCUCUGUGAGACCCAAUGACUUUGCCAUGAACGACACCUUUACGACAGAUCUGAGGGACAGCAGGAUCAAAGCUGAUGUGAACACCUAUGACAACCUGGUGAUUGACAUCUCUGAGGAAAAACUUACCGCAAUGUGACCACCCAGUACGGACCUUACUGCCUGUUUGUCACCUGUUGUCCACCAGCAAGUCCAGACAGACAGAAAACACACACGAAGUGAUAUUUAAUGGAAACUUUGUUAUUGUUCUGUUGCUCCUGUCUUCUCAAACUGAAUGAGUGUACCGUAAGAUAUUGUAUCUGUGACUGAUUUUUCUUGUUUUUCCUUAAUCCUGAAAUGUAGCAAAGUGAUAAAUAAUUUAAUAGAAAGUGUGAGGUUUUCUGAAUCAGUAGUGAUUGUUAGUGAAUCUGAUUGUCAACAUAUCUGUUACUGUAAUAUGUGACUUAACUUAAUGUCUGACCCUUGAGUUGAUUAAUAAGUUGUCUUAUCCAACAAACGUGCUGUGUCGGCUCUCAUUACUGGUAAAUGAAGCAAUGGCUUGUGAUUAAUAAUUAAACAUUAUGGCGGCAAAGUCUAAAUGGAUAGAAGAAAAACAGCCAAAAGAACGUAAGGUUCAGGUGCACUGAGAAAGAAAGGUCUUAAAUUUAACUUACAAAGUCUUCAAUAUUUCUUCUUGCUUGCUGUAGGUGCAAAUGUUAGAUAUAAAAUGCUUCCGUCAGUGGUAAAUUUGAAUAAGUGCAUUUACUGAAUAUAUGUAAAUAUAGAGAUAUUUGUGCUACAUACUUACUACAGUAUAUUCUUUCACUUUACUAGUAAUUCCUGUCUGCUGCAUUGCAGAUGGAAAUGUUGUACUUUGUACUAUAUGCCCACACUUAGUACAUCUGAAUAAAUUAAUGAAAAUAAA